GAUCAGAAAUAUCAUUUCACAGCAGAAUGUUUCUACCGGUUCUGUGCACCUUGUUGUUGUGGGGAUCGGCAUUCUCUGACACAACAGUCACAAUCUACAACGAGUGGCUUGCCCAGAGUGGACGUGUCGAUUAUGAAGUUGAACGAUGGAACAACGUCAAUGGACUCAUAGAAUCCUACCUUGCUCAAAAGAUGAAAUCUAUCGGAGCGGUUCCAGGGCGGUGGGUAAACACUGAUCGGAGAAAUGGUCUCUUUGCAAAUUGGACUGAAAACCCAAGUCACCAUGGUUAUCCAGACACCACCUAUCUCCAGGACCAUACUUUCCAGCGAAGGACAUUUCUAACAUAUGUGCAACAAUUGCAAUACUUUGGGCCUCACACCACCAACAUGGUCUGGGGAAUGAAAGGUCUCGCCUGGCCCGGCUGGAUAUAUAAGUCUCAGCAUAAAGAUGUAUUCCCAAACAACGUCAACGCUGCAUCAGAGAUGGUGUCGCUGAUGGUCCAGAGCUGCAAGGACUACACAGGAGGACGCCUUCCUUACAUAUUUGAAGUCAUCAAUGAACCUGACGUGGACGAACAGUAUAUUGACCCACAACUCAAUAUAGAUUACCACAGGGCCGUCGCCGACAAACUGAAAUCAAGAUUUGGAAUGAAAGUUGCCGGACCAUCAUACACCAGUAUGGCAUUACGACAAGCAGAUUUAAAUAACUUUAGCUACUGGAAGAGAACUGCUAAGUUUAUGGACAUGUCUCUUGAUCACUUGGACUUUUUCUCUUUCCAUUCCUACAACCAUAUGAAUGAUGCAGCAGGUCACUCCUACUCUGGCAUUAACGAAGAUCGUUUAUUUGCUUCUCUUGACAUGGUGGAGAAUUAUUCUCAUAUCAAGAUAGGAAAAGGUGUUCAGUUAGUUAACACUGAGUAUGGACUAGGUUUAAAUAACCUAGGCCUUGGGGCCAAUUUUGAGAAUGCCAUGUCAGACUUUCAGACAAUAUAUCAAGCAAACGGUUUCAUGUUUUCUUUCCUUAACCUGAGAGAGUUUAUGGACAGAGCUACCGUGUUUCUUCUUUCAAAUGAACUAUACCCAGGUCAUACUUCCCUUCGGAAUUCCCUAUUUACCACUGAUGGUCAUCCCCUUGAGCCAACCAAAUUCUUCCUGUUUUGGAAAAACUUUAUCAAUAUUCAAAAGUUUCUCCGGGUAUCUAGUCAACACAAUGGACAGGAGAGAACAGUUUCACCACUUGCCCUUGCAAACCCCCACACCAAAGAGAUGGUAGUUCUCCUCCACAAUUUUGGCAAUAAAUCAGAGAAUGUAAAACUGGACUUCCCCAACAACUGGAUCAAUCCUUCUUCAGGUGAGCAGACAUGUAUCCUGUUCGAAAAGGGUAAGACAGCCGUUCAUAGCGAUAGCCAUUUUGACAGGUCUAAGCUUCAUGGCAGUGUCGCACUUCCUGCAACAUCAACCUGCUUCUACAAGUUUAAAACCAACUACAUCUUUAGCAAAAUACACUCAGAUAAUCAGAAUACAUACUAUGGCAAGAACAUGCUCAUCCCCAUCAGCAACGGACGUGCACAGACAACUAUCGGUGUACCGAGCUCUGGCUACCAUGAGGCUCAUCUUAGAGUGGGAAUUAGUCGAGGCAGGACUCAUACUACAAAACCUAAGACAGUUGUGUUUAAUGGUCACACUUUGUCUUCUAGCUACAUGUUAUUUGAUGCUAUGAAAACUCAAAGCAAAAGGAAAACAAACUGGAACGUAUGGGAGUUCGUGGUCCCUGAAUCACUGGUGAAAACAACCAACACCGUCAGCAUGACAUUUGAUGGGGACGGUGGCAGCGUGACAUCCGUUGCUCUCGUUGCAGGAAAACUUCAGUGAAUAAAUGUUCUUGAAAAA